AAAUCAACCUGGCAAUAGUCCGUAGUCGUAACGAAAGAUAUUAACUAAAGUAGAGCUAGAGUAGAAUCAAGACUAUUCUGUACAUUAUUACUAGACUCUAGAUUAGAUUCUAGAUCUAGAUCUAGAUUUUUUAGAUCUAGUUUGGCUAUUCUGGGCUAUUCUUUUGAAUUGAAAAAAGCUUCCCCGAUUCCGAUGGAUAACAGGUUUGAUGAUGAAGCUGUUAGCCAGCUCAAAGAUCCCAUUGAUGUGAGUGAAUUAUGUGACCCAGUCUCCAAAGGUGUUGAGUUUGAGGUGCAAAACUUCCAGGACUAUGAGGAAAAGGAAGAAAUAAAUCUUGACUGCUUUGAUAAAGAUGCAGUUAUUUCAAAUAUGUGUUUUGUAUCUGAUGAUGAGGAUGAUUCAGAACAGAAUAGUGAUGCAAUUACAGCAGAUGAUGCUAAAAUGGAGUUUUUGAUAAAGAAAAUGAAAAGAAAUGAUAUAACUGAAAAUAAAGAUGGUGGUGUAUUGAAACAGGUGAAAACUCCUGGCUUUGGAUCCUUGAUACCCAAAGGUUCUCUUGUCUUAAUGCAUUACAAUGCUUACACAGACGUUGGUCAGCCUCCUUAUGAUAGUACUCAUCUAAGAGGAGAACCUUUAAAGAUUAGGCUCGGCAAAGGACUAAGCAUACCCGGCUUGGAAUUGGCAUUAUUAUCUAUGAAAAAACAGGAAGUAUCCAGAUUUCUUAUCCGGCAUGAUUAUGCUUACGGAGAAAGGGGUUGUCCACCACGAAUACCACAAAAAGCCACAUUAAUCAUGGAUAUUCACAUUCUUCAUUUUAUUGAACAAGAAGGAGUCGAUGACUACUAUAAUUUAACUCCUGAGGAAAGGAAAAGGUUGUGCUUUCCAGACAUAAAAAAAGUUACCAAAGCCCAAAAUGAUGAAGCUAAAGAAUAUUUCAAGCAAAAGAACUAUAUUAAAGCUUGUGGGAAAUACAAAAAUAGCAUGAAUAUUUUAGAAAGCUAUGACUUGAAAAAUGAUGAUGAAGAACAGCAGGUGAAUAAACAGCUGCUGAAAGUUUUUGUUAAUCUUGCUGUUUGCAAUCAUUAUCUCAGUCACUAUGGUCAGACCAUUCACUACUGUAAUCGAGCAAUUUCAUUAGACAAGACCAACAUCAAAGCACACUAUUUUAAAGGCAAGGCCUUACAUGCUAUUGGUAGCUUUGAAGAUGCAGAAAUCAGUCUAAAGAAAGCAAGGAAGAUAGAUCCAAGUAACACCUUAAUUUCCAAAGCAUUACAGAAUCUCUCAAAAUCUAUUAAAGAGCAUCAAUCAUUUGAAAAAGACUUUUGCAAGAAAAUGUUUAGUAAACCAGUUUCUGCUACAGAAGCUAUAGAAACAUCAGAAGAAAAAGCUAAUGAAAAAUUACCAAGAACAUGUUCUGAUAAAUUCAGAGUCCUUGUUAAAAAUCAAUUAGAGGCAUUUCAAAAAGAUACAUCUUUGGCAGAAAUACCCUUCCCUUCUAUUCAGAUGACAGAAGCAGAAAUUGAGUGCAUUUUGGAGACAGCUAUGAACCUUGGAAUGGAUGUGAAACAAUUAGGAACUGGAAGUACUCUACGGUACAUUGUUUACAAGAAAAGCAAGUUGGAAGACAAUAAUUCAGAAAUUUUAUGAAGAAAUUGAAUGCUGUUACUUAAGUAUUUUUAAGUGUUUGUAAUUUUAUUUGCAGCAGAAUUUUGCUGUUUAAAAAAAAUUAUUCUGUUAAUAAAUAUUUCAA